AUGUUACGGCCAAUCUCAACCUUUUCAACUCUUUCCUUAAUCUUCUUGGGAGCUCUGCCGGGCAGAGUUCUCGCAGGCCAAACCCUCACGACAACAGGCUACACAUCAUGUCUGGCCGACUCGACGGUGUCGGUGCAGAAGAUGGCCGUUACGUACGAUAAUGACGCGAAGACAAUCACCUUCGAUGUGGCCGGAACGAGUACCCGGUCUCAAAAUGUGAGCGCUGAAAUCAAUGUUACUGCGUAUGGAAUUUCAGUCUAUUCAAAGUCUUUCAACCCAUGUGAUUCUUCUACAUAUAUACAGCAAUUAUGUCCGAUCCCCGUGGGAGUUUUUGCUGCAUCCGGAACACAAGCCGUCCCAGAUCAAUAUGCCUCGAUGAUUCCCGCCAUCGCUUUCUCGGUACCCGAUAUUUCCGCUGUAGCUACGAUCGAACUCAAGGAUUUGAAUACUUUAGCUGAAGUUGCUUGCGUGCAAGCAGAUGUCACCAAUGGAAAAACCACUGCCGUCGCUGCCGUAUCCUAUGUUGCAGCAGCCGUAGCCGGAGCUGCUGCUGUGGUCGGUGGAGUUUCUGCACUCGGUGCUGCAGCUAGUGGAGCCAGUGGAGCAGGAGCAGCUGCAUCUAGUCCUUCGUUUAUGGAAUGUAUGACUUGGUUUCAAGGCAUGGCUAUGAAUGGAAUGAUGUCCGUCAAGUAUCCUCCGGUUUAUCGACAAUUCACCAAGAACUUUGGAUUCAGUACUGGACUUAUCCCUUGGACCGCUAUGCAGCAAUCGAUUGAUAGUUUUCGAGCUGCUACUGGAGGUAAUUUGACUAAUGAUAGCGUUACGUAUUUGAAAAAUGCUACGCUGGUAUUUGCGGAUGGAUCAACUGAUACUCCAAGACGAUCAUUAUUCUCGAGCUCUGUCCUCGACGCCCGAGAUGUUGUGACGUCAGUCAACGGAACAGGUACUUCUAGUGGCACCACUGAUACCGCGGCGAUUAUCGAAGAAAAAGUAGCAGGAAUCAAAGCCUACGUCGAAGAACUUUCCGUUCCCCAAGCCAACACUUUCAUGACGGUUCUUCUUAUCGUUGCAUGUAUUAUCGCCGCCAUUGUCGUCGCAGUCCUCGCUUUCAAGGUGCUCCUCGAGACCUGGGCUCUCUUUCGAUCUUUCCCUGAGAGUCUCACUGGAUUCCGAAAACAUUACUGGCAAACCAUGGCUCGUCUCACUGUGCAAUUAAUCCUCGCUCUCUACGGUUCAUGGGUGCUCUACUGUAUAUUCCAAUUCACCAAUGGAGAUUCUUGGGCCGCCAAAACACUCGCGGCUGUAACGUUAACUAUCUUUACUGGUGUUCUUGUAUUCUUCGCUUACAAGAUUUCCACGGCGGCAAAGAUCAUGAAGGAGAGAGAUGGAGAUGUAUCGGGAUUAUAUGAGAAGAAGGAUAACUGGCUCAAAUACAGCAUGUUUUACGAGAAUUACAAGAAGGAUUUCUGGUGGUUGUUCGUUCCAGCUAUUAUUUACAUGUUCGCAAAAGGAUGUGUAUUAGCUGCAGGUGAUGGACACGGUCUGUCUCAAACUGUUGCUCAACUCAUCAUUGAAUGUCUAAUGCUCUCCCUUCUCCUAUGGAGUCGUCCGUAUGAGAGAAAAUCCGCAAACGUAAUCAACAUGUUCGUUCAAGUCGUUCGUGUCCUUUCCGUAAUAUGUAUCCUCGUCUUUGUCGAAGAACUCGGUAUUGCCGAAACCACCCAAACAGUCACCGGCGUCGUCCUCAUCGCCAUUCAAUCUGUUCUUACCGGUACCCUCGCCAUCCUCAUCGGUGUAAACGCUGUCAUCUCCAUCAUCAAACAAAACCCCCAUCGUAAACGUCGCAAGGAAGCCGAAAAACUUAAUCGCGACCUCGACAACCUCACUCCCCUCGAUGCCCGCAACUCCCUGCUCAUGGACUCCAAAUCCAGCAUUCAUUCCUACGAUGCCGAUCCCAAACACCCCUAUCUACACUCCACGCACGAAAGCCACGAGCCUUCAAGUUUCAUGAACGAGCCUGCAAACCCGUACUCGCGCAGUCGGGAGAAUCUCGUGGAGGGCGCGGCGCCCGUGGCCGGAACCCCUCAUCAGAGUCGUCAGCCUACGGUGCCGGAUAUGAAUUAUGGGGGUGGGAAUACCGGGGCUUAUAGGGGGAUGGCUUAUUAG